CGCAGCCUGCGAGCGGCGGCUCCGGAGCUCGGGCCGGGCCGCGUCCCCCGAGAGGAUCACAUCGUGUAACCCGCUCGGCGUGAUUUCCUUCCGGGAGGAACGGGUCUCGCAAGGGCGGGGUCCCGGUGGAAGAGUUCAGGUUUCGGAGUCAGCGGUGUGUCACAACCCCGCUCCUGCACCCUGGCCCGUGUGACUUUGGGCAGGUUAUAUAACCUCGGCCGCCACCCCCGUUUCUGCUGUGACUUGGAGCUUUAGUGGCUCCCCGGAGGGCGGCUGCGGACCCCUCAGCGCGAAGACCUCGGAUGGACUCGCCGCCUCGGUACUGGGCGAAGGCCCGUUGGCUUGUGCCCUUCUGCUUCGGGACCCAAACCCCCCAUGGCCGGAGGUUACGGAGUGAUGGGAGACGAUGGCUCUAUUGAUUACACUGUCCACGAGGCCUGGAACGAAGCCACCAAUGUUUAUCUGAUAGUUAUCCUCGUUAGCUUCGGGCUCUUCAUGUAUGCCAAGAGGAAUAAAAGGAAAAUUAUGAGGAUAUUCAGCGUGCCACCUACAGAAGAAGCUUUGUCAGAGCCCAACUUUUAUGACACAAUAAGCAAAAUUCGUUUAAGACAACAACUGGAAAUGUAUUCCCUUUCAAGGAAAUAUGACUGUCAACAGCCACAGAACCAAGCUGACAGUGUGCAGCUCUCCUUGGAAUGAAGCCUCGGAAAAUGAGCAACAUAAGUGAUUGCUGUUAAACAGUGUGGCAGAAGCACCCAAUUCUUUCUACUAAGUCAUGAACAGUUUUGUAAAAAAAAACCUGUCUGCAUAAGAGCAUUUCACGUGUGACUGUUUCCAAUUUUUUUGCAUCAUAUUUUGCUUAUUUUAAUUGCAUCUCCAAGUCAUUUGUUACACAGAUACAAAUGGCUCGAGAGGUCUGGACACAGGGAGCCUGCCUGGACCCAGCAGAUACUGUGUAACCAGAGACGGUGACUUUACCUGGUGAAGACCUUUGAUUUCUUCAGGAUAUAAUCAGUGAGAAACAGAAACACAGCUUGGGAAAUGAGAAUCCUAGAGCUUAUGCCUCUUUGAUGAGAAAAUUUUUGUAAAAUUAAAAAACAAAAAUUCAG